AUGCAAUUUAUCGGAGCGGUCGGUGCUUCAUCCAAUUUGGAGAGUUCGUUUUAUUCGUCUUCUGGUAAGAAUUCAGAAUGACGUAAGAUUAGUUUAUAAUUAUCAGAAAUACAAAGAAGUCGUCCGAAAGUACUACCCCCAACUCUCACUGGAAAUGCUACAAGAAAAUACGUGGGUGUACGCACCAACAGCGAGGCUACUCACUGUUUGAAUCAUCGCACUGACUUCCGGCUCUAUCAUUUGUGGGAUCAAGAGAAACAAACCAAGCUCCAUGAGCAACUCCCUUUGACUGUUGUUUAUCAGUCGAGCCGGGGCAUUUUUUUUCAUUGGCCAAUCAGAACUUAUGGCCAUUUUGAUGAACGUCAAAAGUAGGUUUACAAAUUAGUAAUAAUUUGACCUUCAGAUUCUUGGUCGAUUUCUAUUUUAUCGAGGACGGUGGUCCCAGUUUCAAGAAUUUGAACAAUCUGAUCGAAUGCUAUGAAACGAAGCAAUACAAAGAUAACGGCGAAAUCGAUGUUUUCAGAUGUGUGAAACCACAAUCAGGAUGA